CCCCUCUUCUUUCCUCCACCUCCUUCUCCUCCUCCUGCCGCCGUCGCCGCUUCUGCUGCCGCGGUGCCCGGGGCCCGGUCCUUCUCUCCGGAACCGAUCGCUUUAUAAUUCGUGCUCUUCCCCCCCUUUUCGCUUUCGGGAGGCGGGGAGGCGCGGCGAUCGCAUCCUCUCCUCUUUCUCACCCACCCCUCCCUCUCCUUCCCUCCCCAGAGUUUGCAGGAUCGGGGGCAUAAGGGGAAGGCCUGGCCGCGGUGCUGGGGGUUGCCUCGGACUUGGAGACGGGGAGGGGAGGGCUGGACCCGAUGGCUCGUCCAAGGCCCCGAGAAUACAAAGCCGGAGAUCUGGUGUUCGCCAAAAUGAAAGGCUACCCGCACUGGCCGGCCAGGAUCGAUGAACUCCCUGAGGGAGCUGUGAAGCCUCCAGCAAAUAAGUUCCCCAUCUUCUUUUUUGGGACUCAUGAAACUGCAUUUUUGGGGCCUAAAGACCUCUUUCCAUACAAAGAAUAUAAAGACAAGUUUGGAAAAUCAAACAAACGAAAAGGAUUUAAUGAAGGGCUGUGGGAAAUAGAAAACAAUCCUGGUGUCAAGUUUACAGGAUACCAGGCAAUUCAGCAACAGAGCUCAUCAGAAACUGAGGGAGAAGGAGGGAAUACAGCAGACGCCAGCAGUGAGGAGGAAGGCGAUAGGGUAGAAGAGGAUGGAAAAGGCAAAAGAAAGAAUGAAAAAGCAGGCUCAAAACGGAAAAAAUCCUACACUUCAAAGAAAUCUUCCAAGCAGUCACGGAAAUCUCCCGGAGAUGAAGAUGACAAGGACUGCAAAGAGGAAGAAAAUAAGAGCAGCUCCGAUGCUGGAGAAGCAGGCAAUGACACAAGAAACACCUCUUCAGACUUGCAGAAAACUAGUGAAGGGACUUAACCAACAUAUUGACUGCUGCAUAUUAAGGGAAGACACAAGAAGGUUACAUGUUUGGUUGUCUAAUAUUCUUGGAUUUGAUAGAAGUCAGCACAUCUGUUCAUCAGCAGCAUAUCUGUUUGUAUGCACAUUUAGU